GGCAAGACAAUUCGCAUGCUCGGCAUUAUGUGCUCGCCUUACCCGCUCUUCGUGGUGACUGUUUAUCCGGAAGUAGCCACACGUGUCCAGUCAGUGGCAACGUUUCGAUUAAGCGAGUAUGAAAGCACCAUGCUAGCCAGAGACAUCUAGCAGCUCACUGAGCCAGGGGGGGGGAAGAAGACGAGUGGAAAAAGAACACAAGGACUACAAUGCAUCAGCCAACAUAACAUCACUGUUGCACGUGACUUUAUUUUUGAGAUACAAAAUGGAAAAAGAGGUCUAUCUGCAGACAAUUUGGAGGUUUCGGAGGUCUCUACAUGCAGCCCGAGCCAAGCGCACUGACACCUUGGUGACAUACACGGGGCUCCUUUUUGGAAUGAGCUGAUUUUUGUCCCCAUAUUGACACAAAGACUGAAGGCAGGGGUCUCAAAAGAUCCAGGGGACUUAUCUUGGGAAUUUUUGACUGGUAAAGGCAAGGAUGGGCAUCAUUUAAAUCAUUUUUUUGUUUUGUUUUUAGCAGCCAUAAAAAAUAGAUUCCAGCUGGACUUUUGUUUGAUGCUGAGUUUAGUUGUUUUCCCCUGCUGUCUUGGUUUGAAACGCUGAAACUGUCCCUCCUGCCACCAUCCUCAGUUUCUUCCACCCACCCAGUGCCUAAAUAAGCCCUCUCGGGACAAUCACAGAAGUUCAUCAGCAGCUGCUACGCUCAAUCCUCUGCCUGUUCUCCUCCAUGUGCUUCUGCUCUCAGCCUGCAGGCUUUCCAGCCACUACCUUUUUUAUUUCCUGGUUGUUUCUUUUCAUAUUAAUUUUUCUCAAAUCGGCAUAAUCAGAACUCUCACGCAGUCAUUAUGUAAACACAGAGUUUUAAGACUGGAAAAAAACCUACAUUGCGCCAAUUGUUCACGCACGGCAGUGUAAGGGUUGCACUGGUGCCAGGGGGCAGCGAAGGUUAGAUUUAUGUGUACAGUUGCAUCAAAGCCAUAAAAAAUAUUUAUGAAUUACCUACACAUAUUUUUGUAUCACAUUGUUCUUGUAAAGUUUUGCUCUUAUAUGCUUCUAUAAAAAUUAUGCACACAAAUAUUUACUACGAACUGCACACACGCAAGUAGAGCUUUAUAUUCCUAUAUGAAAAUAAGAAAUCUCUGUAUUUUGAGGGAUUAUAUCAGUGCUGGGUGAUACUUUGUGUGGUGACAGAGAGAUUCUCUCAUGUUUCUAUUGAGCUGCUGCUUUGCAUAGUGUUGGUUUCCUUUUCCAGUCUGUAGUCAUGACCCCUCCCACACAAAGGCCAUAUUUGCUAUUUUGACCCGUCAAGCACACUUUACAGUAGGUAGACAGUAGAUAUCUACCUCUCUCUCUUUCUUCCUCCCCUCUCUUUCUGUCUCUGAUGCCGGGCUUCAGUGGUGGGGGGGUUGGGGGAGGAGUAGGUGGCCCAGUUUCUGCUCCUCCCCGUCCAUUUCGACCCAGCCGAUAUGUCCCGGUGUCCGCAGCCACCUUCUUCCUUGUUGGAUCCACCACCCUGUUCUUCUGCUUCACGUGCCCGUGGUUAUCAGAGUACUUCUCCUCUGUCAUUCCCGUCUACAUUGCUGUGAUCUUCCUCUUCACCCUCGCCAACUUCUGCAUGGCCACUUUUAUGGACCCUGGAGUCUUCCCCAGAGCGGAAGAGGAUGAGGAUAAAGAGGAUGAUUUCCGUGCUCCGCUCUAUAAGACAGUGGAGAUCAAAGGCAUCCAGGUGCGGAUGAAGUGGUGCUCAACCUGCCGCUUCUACCGCCCGCCGCGCUGCUCACACUGCUCAGUCUGCGACAACUGUGUGGAGGAUUUUGACCACCACUGUCCGUGGGUGAACAACUGCAUUGGCCGGAGGAAUUAUCGCUACUUCUUCCUUUUCCUGCUAUCACUUACCACCCACAUCAUGGACGUAUUUGGAUUUGGCCUGGUUUAUGUCCUACACCACCGCCAGCAGCCUGAUACGCCACAUGCUGCUGUCACCAUGGCUGUGAUGUGUGUGGCUGGUCUGUUUUUUGUACCAGUUGCUGGCCUGACUGGGUUCCACAUAGUGCUGGUGGCCCGCGGUAGGACCACAAAUGAACAGGUGACAGGAAAGUUCCGGGGUGGUGUGAACCCCUUCACCAACGGUUGCUUGAGGAAUAUCUCAUAUGUGCUCUGCAGCUCUCAGGCCCCCAGAUACAUGGGCCGGUUGCGGAGCCCUCCUUCUGUGGAGAUACAGCCGCCAUUUCUUCGACCGCCUCUCAGUGAGGCCCAGCUGGAAGCCAAGGUCCUGGACAACGGCAUCCAGAAUGACCGACACAGUGCCAGGUCCAAGAGCAGUCUCGAUCAGAUGGAGAGCCAGUCGGCUGACGCUGAGCCUCCACCUCCUCCAAAGCCAGAACUGCGUUACCCUGGCCUGCCCCGUGCUGACACGGAGGAGAGCAGUUUGUUGACUGACGCUCCACCAACACCGUCGAUGUACAAGUACCGACCGGCCUUCAACAGCCCAGGAAGGAACCACACUGCCCUCACACAUCCCAACAAGAUGAUUCGUGGGGAAAGUCUUGACUCUCCAUCUUCCUCUAUCCUCCAGUCCAGCCGCCAGCCAAGCUAUCGCUCAGAGCCGAGCAGCCUGGACGGGGCCACAGUGGUGGGGGGAGGUGUAGGGGUGCGCAGAGGGGCAGGGGAGAGGGGGGAGGGCCCCGGAGGCCCUGGCGGGACCACUGGGGGGGUGUCGGGGGGCAUGUCAGGUUACUCCCUGACUGGGCGCUCCUACACCUCGUACCCAUCCUCUCUCAUUCUGUCCACUGGUGGCUCGCAUUCCUCCAGCCUGCGCUCAGCACACACGGCACACAACCCGCUGGCCACGCUCCAAUCAGAAGGCACCACAGACACCAGUUACAAAAGCCUGGCCAAUCAGACACCUCGGAAUGGCAGCCUGUCCUAUGACAGCCUACUGACUCCAUCCGAGAGCCCAGAGUUCGAGUCAGCCGCCCACGAGCUGUCACCGCAGAAGCCUCAUGCACCGUUUCCCUUCGCUACUAGAACAGGCCAGCCUGAGGUGGGGUCGCCCAGUGCCCCGCUGCAGGGCUAUAUGUCGCCCUUCCUCUCAGCUCAGAUCGCCCAGCAGAGGGAGGGGCAGCUGCUCCAGGGCUCUGCCACUUUCUCCUCCCCUCACAGGGCCUACUUGCGUGCUGUCAGUCCUCCACCUGCCUCCUCUGCUGGGCCUCAUGAGACCCAGAUCCUGCUCCUGCAUAACCACGACUCCUCUACCCGAGGUCCUCGUAUCCCUUCCUCCUUAUCCUCAUCCCCUGGGGCUCGCUCACUCGAGCCCCCUGUCUCCCCGCCACCUCGAGGCCUCUCCCUUGGCAAGUCCCUAACUUACAGUGGGGAGGCAGGGCCUCAGCACAAGCCUCGACCUGCCGGAGGAGGCACUGUGCUGGGAGGGGGAGGAGCUGGAGGAGGGCAACAGGCUCCACAAUUCACUACUCGCCCAGUUUUGGCCAAUCACACCACAUCCAAACCAGGGGGCGGGGUGAAGAAGGUGACCGGCGUCGGUGGGACCACUUACGAGAUAUCGGUUUGAGUGACGGACGUCCUUCAUGAUCUAUCACGUAGGGGAAAAUUCCCCGGACAACUUCCACUUGUCUCUUGAUUGAGCUGGAUAUUAUCCACGACUGCUGGCCCCUCAAAAAUUACGGUUUUCUGCUGCAAUGGACUAAAGGAGCAAUCCUGUCUGGUACUUCUUUGUAAUGCCACUGGCCCUUCUUCUCUGCCAGCCUUUCUGAUUUGAACAAAGGGGAACCGGGGACACUUGGUUAACUUUUUUUCCGCAGGAUCAAUUUGUGUCCAUCUCGUUACUUUGUGAGCCAUAAGACUGAUGUGAUUGCAUCACCACUGCUGGGUACAGAUAUGUCUAUAGAACACACAUAGCUAUUCACUGAUUCGCUGUUUUACUUUGGUACAUUAGCACAGUACGGAGUACUGACAGCAGCAUCCUCCAUGUAAGGAAAAGAAGGAAAUUAAAGACGGAGGAUUUAGGACUUGACCAAAUUGAAACGCCUUCGCUUCCAAUGUCUGAACGGACCACGCGGCCUGGUUAUUAGUGGAGAGUCAUAGAGAGUAGAGUCCAACCUUUAAACACAGUAUCAUUUAGUUUUAUAAAUCUUUUUUAAAUAUUGUUUUAUAUACAUGUAUAAAAUCUUACAGAUUAUUAUUAUUAUUGGCUCAAAUUGUCAGGUAUUGAUGGUGACUAUUGAUAAGGGUGGCAGAUGUACUGUGUAAUUAUUCAUGAAAACGAUUUCGAAUCAGUUGCCUGUUUGUAUUCGAUGGCUGCAUCAGCCACUCAUGAGCUCUUGCUGGAAUUUUUCAAAGUCCAAAGAGAAAGAUGAUCCUUUGAGGACGGCUGACGUGGCGAUAUCACCGAGCGUCAUUAUUGAAAAGCCACAAAGAAAUUCUGAAUACAGUUCCAGCACAAGCAUCUUUGUGGAAUGUACGCUUGUCAUGUUAAUGUUAGAGACAUUAUGCAAAAUCUGUUUAUAGCUUUAAGAUCAUGUUAUGUCUGUUUGUUUUUGGUUUUUUUCUUCUUCUUUUCUGUAAUGUUUUGUCAGAGAUGCUAACAGAACCUUUAACGGAUGACCAGCCAAAUAGUUGCAGCGAAGGAAGGGGCUUAUUUAUUUCACCAGACAAGACAACUUUGUAGUUCUGGACACAAUUUCCAACCGGUCUCUCCCAGUUUCCCCUUUUUUUUUCUUCAAAAAGAAAGAUUAUAAAUGAAAUUGUAUAUGCAAUAUGCCACUCAGUAGAUUUAUUUUUCCUGAUGAGGGACUGGUUUGCAAAUGGAGAUUGUUUGUUUUGUGGUUUUUUUGCCUUGAGACCAUUCAUAGUCGAGCAAGCAAAUUUGUAUUUUUUUUAAGUGUUUUUUUUUGUUUUUUACACUUCUGAGGAAAAAAAAAAAAUAAUGAUCAGUUGAGUUUUU